AUGUUACGGAAACUAAUAAACGAUAAUGAAGAGCAAGACGUCAUUUAUAUCACUAAAUAUGCAUUCAAGAUAAUACUAGAUGUGAAAGACACGAAACCAAAUAAAGAUGAUUACAAGAAGUUAAUACGGGAAGCCUUGAUUACCGUAACAGCAUUGAAAGGGGUUGGACCAGCAACAGGAUCAUUAAUUCUCUCACUUUUGAACAAAAUUACCAAUUUAGCACCACCAUUCUAUUCAGAUGAAGCGGCCGAGUACUUAUUUGUGAAAUAUGGUAAUGUUGAAAAUUUAAAAUUGAGAUAUAGUCUUCCUGAAUACAUGAAGUGGCUGGAUUUGAUGUGGAACUUAAAUAGUGAUUUCAAAUAUGAUUUCACUGAUAUAGAGAAUGGUAUUUGGGCUUUGAAAUUAAAUGAGUAUUAUGAAAUCAAACCAGAUUUCAAUCUUCCAGUCACUACAGAAGAUGUUGGUGAUAAAAAUUUUAAUUCUGAAGAAGAAACUAAAAAGGACACUACAGAUGAACCUAAAAAAGAAACCAAAAAGGAAACUUCAAAAGAAGAGGAAGAUAAAAAACCAAGAACAAGAUCAAAAAGGGUCAAGAAAGAAGAUGCUGAUGAACCCGAACAAACAGAAGAAGUCAUCGAUAAAUUGUUGAAGAAACCUAAGAAAUCAAAGAAAUGA